AUGGCUGGAUGCUGUGAAGCUGCUGAAAAACCAAAGAGAAACUCCAAGCUUCCAUCAGAGACUGUAGUCCUGCUGGUUCUCUGUGUUCUGCUGGCUGCUGCUCUCAUCAUUUUUAUCAGACACUCUCUGAGGACGGCCAAUCAGUCCAUCCAAACCCUGAGAGAGGAGAAUGAAGCUCUGUGGAAAAACCUCUCAGGCUGGGAGGAACAUGGAGGAAACUGUUAUUAUUUUGACACYGAUGAGCUCAACUGGACUGAGAGCAGAAGUUUCUGCAGAGAUGUUGGAGGAGACCUGGUGAAGAUCGACAGCAGAGAGGAGCAGGAGUUUCUGGUGAGAAGACUGAGAGACAAGAUGAUCAGUAUUGAAGACUGGUUCUGGAUCGGACUGACGGACUUGGAGACAGAAGGCAGCUGGUUGUGGGUGGAC